ACCAGCAAUGUCGUCGACAUCUUCCUCCUACGAACUUGUCCUUACUAGCUCUCCUGAUGGUCCCAUCGUUGCCUAUGAUGCUUCCACCGGAGCUGCAGUCGCUCGCUUCCCGGGCACCCGGUCGCCCCGUGGCGGCCUCACUGUGGCCGGAAACUGCUUCAUCGCUGGGUGCCAUGUGUCACCGCACACGGCGGCUGUUUCGAUUCACCUCUACAACUGGCACACUUGGAGUGUGCUUCACAGGUUCUCGGUGCCUGAAUUUGUGGCCCCACUUGCUGCUACUGCCGACGGCGGCUAUCUCUUCGCCGGAGGCCAGUCAGGGAGCAUCCAUUGCUUCUCAGUUCCUUCUGGGGAUGUGGUCAAGUCCUUUCCUGCUCACGCCAAACCCAUUUCUUGUCUCCAACUUAGCAAUGAUGGCUCAUUGGUCAUUUCAGGCAGUGAUGAUGGCAGCAUUACAGUAAUCCCAACAUUUCAGCUGGUAGAAUCAUCAGACUCAAACCCAAAAGACUUGAUUCUGCACCAUUUCAACGCACAUUCUGAUUCAAUCACAGCCUUCAGCACCGGACUCGGUCUUCUAUGCAACUCCAUACUCGUCUCAUCCUCACUAGAUUCCACCUGCAAGUUCUGGAAUCUUCUAGAAGGCACCCAUCUUCGCACAAUGACCUUCCCUUGUCCCAUAAACGGGGUGGCCAUCUCAAACUCGACAUCAGACUCACACUACUUCUUUGCCGCUGGGUCAGACGGAUCGGUUUACAAAGGAUCAACGAAGAAGGCUCAAGAACUGGUGAGGAAGUGGAAUCAAAGCCACGUGGGGCCCAUUGUAUCAGUGGUUCUGGUGAAUGAGGGGAGGAAUCUGGUGUCUGCAGGUGAAGAUGGUAGUGUGUGGAUGUGGAAGGUUGGGACAGAAGAAGUAAUAAUGGAGAUAGGAAAUAACAAUGCAGGAAGCAUCAGUGACAUGAUAGUGGCUAGAGGGACGAGUGAGUAUAGAGGGAAGAGUAAUAGCGAUGGUGAAGGUGAUGAUGAGAAUAAUAAUAGGUUUAGCAGUUCAUGGAUGUUGAAUAAUAAUGAAGAAGUGAUGAGAUCAAUGAAGAAGAUAAUGGAGGUUGGAGAUGUACUGAGUGUGGUGGAGGAAGACAAGAAGAAAGCCAUAAAAAUGCUGGAAUCUGCAAUUGCUAUGUAUGAGAGGCUCUUGGAGCUCAUACUUGAGGAGGCUUUGAAAGGUUCUGCUGAUGACAGUGAUGAAGAAGAAGAUGAGGAAGAUGAGAAAGAUGACAAGUAAUAGAACUGAUAUGAACAGCAAUACAGAAAUGGAUCUCAGGCUUGUGAUUAGCCUUAAUUAUUCUGUGCAUGUAAUCUUCUAUGUGUGUUUGAGAACUAUGUAUGUUAGGAUGAGAGUUUAGUGUCCAUUUAGAUAGCACUUUUGGAAUCUUAAAUGUGUUUUGAGUUCAAUAUUCGAGAUAAACAUUGUGAGAAGUAAAAUAG